UUUUCAGGUGCAGGAGUUUCAGCAGAGUCAGGAGUUCCAACUUUUCGGGGUGCUGGUGGUUUCUGGCGUACGUGGCAGGCUCAAGACUUGGCAAGUCCUGGAGCAUUUAGACGGAAUCCUUCGUUAGUGUGGGAGUUUUACCAUUACCGUCGGGAGGUCAUGUCCACCAAGGAUCCUAAUCCUGCCCAUUUUGCAUUAGCACAAGCAGAGGAGCGUCUUGCCGCAGAGGGGCGCCAUCUAGUGGUUAUCACACAAAAUAUUGAUGAAUUACAUUUUAAAGCUGGAUCAAAGAAUGUCAUAGAAUUACAUGGGUCACUGUUCCGAACUCAGUGUACACAAUGUGGGGAAGUAUGUGCCAAUACUGACAGCCCCAUUUGCCCUGCACUCAGUGGAAAAGGUGCCCCAGACCCAAAGGCAGAAGAUGCAAGAAUUCCAGAAUCAGAACUUCCAAGAUGUACAGCGUGCUCAGGUCUUUUGCGUCCCGAUGUGGUAUGGUUUGGAGAAGGUCUUGAUCCUUACGUGUUGCACAGGGCAGACGAAGAGCUAAAAGCAUGUGAUCUCUGUUUGGUGGUGGGAACAUCAUCAGUAGUGUAUCCUGCUGCUAUGUUUGCUCCACAAGUUGCAGCUCAAGGGGUUCCGGUAGCAGAAUUCAAUUUGGAAUCCACACCAGCUACAGACUCAUUUGGUUUUCACUUUGAGGGACCAUGUGGAACAACAUUACCCAUUGCUCUCGCUCCUUGAAGUUCAGGCUAAGUUAAUGACAGAUAUAUUUGUAUUAAGGCAAUGAAGCUAAUUUAGAUUAAUGAAUUGUAUUAUAAUUGUUAUGCUAUUAUAGUAUUGUUACCACUAAUUUUGCUUACCCUGUAUAUAAAUGCACUCUGUUUAAAUAUUGAUUUUGUUUGAUAUAUAAUUAAAAAACAUUUUAAUCUUUUAAACUUGGGUUCCUGAACUAGGGCAUGCCUAUCUCUCGGGAUAUGCAAGGGAACAUUAAAGAGGGUACACCAGUGAGUUAUUAAAAGUUGUGUAAUUGUCAUGGAUUGUUUUAAUAUCUAUGUAUUAAUAUUCAGUAUUUAUAGACAAAUACUGAGAUGCCCUUGUUUAAUAAAAAAUAUAUCAGUGCUAUGCUUGCACAGAAGUACACAGAUACCCAAUACAUAGGAGAAAGAAACUCACGAUGACAUUUUGAUCUGAGUUGGACUAAAAAGUCAUCAUAAGUAGGUUUUUGUGUAUUGUUCCAGUUCUGUUGUAAAUUUUUAUUAAUUUUGAACAAAAAUACCCAGUACAUCAAAGUAUAUUCUUAUUGUAAAAAUAUCUAUGAGGUGUGUGUAGAAUUAAACAGGCACAAAAUUA